UGGUUGACCGACAACACAGGAGUCAAUCCUACAGGCUACAGCUACGAUUGGCCGGCACAGACACUCACUAUUCUUGCCCCGCUCCCUGCAUCCACCCCUGGGCAGGAUGCUCAGCUCGGGUCCAAUGUACACACACCCGUCAAAAAAUCUGCGGUGCUGGAAAGACUCGCUGCCCAGAUGGGCAAUCAAUCAUCUCACCCGAGAGCUGUGCAGAAUCUGUCAGAGGUAUUGGUUUGACAUGAAUGUAAAGCGACCACUCCUUUCCAUCGCUUUCCCCUCUCUCUACCCUAUUGGAAGUGCCGAGUUUUGUCGUCCUCGUCCUCAAAGCAUUUCCUUUCCUGGGUACAUAUCUCAUUUAAUCCGUCAGAGUGACCUACGCUACAUUCAGCACCCCCAAUGGCUGUAUGUUUGCUUCAACCUGUUGCUCAGCCAGCAGAUACAAGGUCGUACCAAGUAUCUCGCCUCCAGAUCGCCGGCAACUCUUACACAAGCCGACACUGAGCAAGCCAUUGCCGAAGAGGAAGACUCCCCACUGCUGAGAUAUCUUGUCAAUGAUUUGAAAGUCGUCAGCGGCUUGACUCCUCUCUGGAAGAUGAAGCGUCAACAACUCAAGGCUAUGAGUGAUGUCCUUGGACCUCCCCAUCUCUUUCUCACCCUUACAGCUGCCAAUCAUGAAUGGACAUCUCUGCUUCGCCUCCUACCAGACAUCAUACCAGCCAGUACCCAUGCCGAGAUCCGUACUGCCGUCAUUCGAAACCCUCACAUUGUCCUUCAUCACGUUAUGAAGAGAAAGGAGUUGUUUAUGGAUAUGAUCUUCUAGCGAAAGUUUGAUGUCAAGGAGAUGUGGUUGAGAUAUGAGUAUCAGUCUACAGGCGCUGUUUAUGCUCACGCCCUAUCUUGGAGUCACAAUGCUCCGCCUUACAGGAACCCUGACGAU